AUGACUUCUUACAAAUGUUCUGUUGAUGCCUGCAAACGUAAUUCUGAUGUUUUGUGUGUUCAUUGCGAAGAUCACGUAUGCAACAAACAUUAUAUCCAGCAUGUAAAAUUAGCAAACAAUGAACUCUUUGCUUUUUCCGAUGAAAUCAAUGCACUUGUAAAUAAAGCACAAAAGUAUGAUCUUACGAAUCCUGUUUUCGAGCAAUUGGAACAAUGGCGAGAGGAAAAGCAUCGACAAAUAGACGAAAUUUGUGACAAGAAAAAGCGACAAUUAAAAAUUGCAUUAGAUCGAACGAUAGAUGAUUAUAGGAAGAAACUUCAUGAAUUAGAACACGACGUGAAAAAAUCAAUUGAUGAAGGAGAUGCUUCGUUUAGGCAAAUUGAAAUCAUUAAAAACACUAUCGAGCAAUGUCGACAAUUGUGCAAACGAUUUGAAACUCUUGAUUAUUUUCAGUGUAAUAUCAACGAAAACGACAUGGAGAUCGGCUUGUUCAAUGACGACUUGUUUACAGGUGGUGGUACACUGUUAUCACUUGAACAUCACUUGAAACUGAAUGAAUUCUAUGAAAAAAAAGGACAAAAAUGGUCUCUGAUAUAUAAAGCAUCCCGUGAUGGCUUUUCCGCAUCUGAUUUUCAUCAUUACUGUGAUGAUCAAGGUCCGACUCUCACUGUUAUUCAAUCAAGAGAUGGUGGGCAUCUGUUUGGUGGAUAUACAUCUGCAUCUUGGAGUCCUACAGGAAAAUACAUUCAUGAUUCGAAUAAUCCAUUUUUGUUCACUCUGACGAAUCCGCAUGGAAUCCCUCCAACAAAAUACUCAGUCAGAAAUCCAAAAUAUUCUAUAUUUCCUCAAAUGAACUGUGGCCCCAUAUUUGGCGCUGUAAACGAACGACUGAUUAUUCUUACUGAUGAAUUGAAUUCACUUGUCAAUCAAGUACAACAACAUGAUCGUACUCAAUCUGCUUUCACGCGACUGGGGAAAUGGCAAGAGAAAGCUCAUAAACGUAUAGAUGAAAUAUACGAAGAGAAAAAACAACAGUCACAAAAUGAAAUCGAUUGUAGUCAACAAAAUUGUAUGGAAAAACUUGUUGCUCUAGGUCGAGAAAUGAGAGAUCUAAUCGAUGACAGCGAUGCUUCAUUCAAACAAAUUGAAGAUAUUAAGAACAACUUCGAGCAAUGCCGACAAUUGUGCAAACGAUUUGAAACUCUUGAUUAUUUUCAUUGUAAUAUCAACGAAAACGAUAUGGAGAAUCAAGGACCUACUAUAUCCGUUAUUCAAUCAAAAGAAGAUGGUGAGCAUCUGUUUGGUGGAUAUACAUCUGAAUCUUGA